GACGGCAGUACACCGCGCGCCACCAACCGGUGCGCCUGUGUUGAACACACGAUACGAUUGUGUCACAAUCGCCGUGACAUUGUAUUUCGCACAAAAGUGACCAACAUCACUAUUACGUGUAUAUUACAUGCAGUGCCACUAUAAAUAAAGCGUCCUGAAACAAAAGCGCUUAUCCAAACGAAUCAUUUUUUCAUGCGCGUUUGGACCAUCCUUAGAAAGAAAAAUAAACAUAACACUCCGGAGCUGGAAUAGUGCGAGGCGCCACCGUGGCGCCUACCUCCACACGUCUGCUGAUGACACAAUAAAUUGUGAUGCUGACACGCACAGGACCUUAUAGAAGACUACGUCCUAGAGGACGACGGAGGACGUUCUAACAAACCAAACACUAGUAUUGUAAGAGCAAGUGCCUAAAUUGCUACAAAAUGGUGGCUAACCGUCGUAAUUUUAUCUUUAGAGUGAGUAUUGUGAUAAACAUAGCUGUGCUCCUUUACGCGGCUAUGCAACUAUCAGGGAACACAGCACCGGGUGUCGUCUGGGUUCCCAUGACCGUCGACGGUUCGGAGAGAAGUGCUGAAUAUAGAUACAUUAACCAAGAUAUUCGAAAUGAAACUGAAACGAGAUCGUUGGAUUCUAGUGCUAGUGCAAGAAACUUUGAAGAAUCUACGUCUCAAAAGACGCCAUCCACGAUGGCGACAACGAAUAAAACUGCAUCGAGUACGGCCACUAUACCAGAAGCAGAAAGAAAAGUGAUGAGUGCUGUACCUGAUGCUGAAGCGUCUAACGCAUCAAGCCUUGAUAUUGAUGAUGAAGACAACCUGUCGCCGACGACGCAAGCGUAUCUGAGGACGCUUUUAGGUUGUAAUGAUAGAGAUAUGCUGCCACGAACGGAACAACGAGGAGAAUUUUGGGUGCUAAAGAAUUUUAUUCGAGCAGAUCAUGGUACCAUAUUGUGUCACGAAUCUGUCACAUAUACAACUCACGCGGGCUACGAGUUCCUCGAUAACGUGCAACCUUUAGUAGAACGAUGGAUGGCACCAGUGAGUCUGGCUAUUCACGCGCCGGGCGCUGACCUGACUCCUACAGUGAACAGCAUCAGAUACUUACGAGAUUGCCUUAGUAACGAGCUCGUUAAGCAGUUCGUCACCUUUCACAUAUUUUUUUCCCACAAACAUAUACCCAGUAAGAUACCUGAUCCAGAUGUCCUUAUACAAACACCUUAUAAUUGUACCGGAAAGCCUCCAUAUGAUAAUGUGACUACAACAUAUAUGAAGGAAAAGAAUUUGUUAUAUCCAGUGAAUGUUGCGAGAAAUAUAGCCAGGGACGCCGCUGUAACACACUUCAUACUUCCAUCUGAUAUAGAGCUAUAUCCUAGUCCGAAUUUAAUUCCAAGAUUUUUGAAUAUGAUUGCGCGUAAUGCUAAGCCACUGAGCACGUCCACUAAACCCAGAGUGUUUCCGAUAAGCAUAUUUGAAGUGGAUGCCAAAGUUCAAGUGCCAUCGACUAAAACGGAGCUGCGGGCGAUGUUGACCAACAAAACUGCCAUUCCAUUUCACAAAUUCGUAUGCCCUAACUGUCACAAUAUUCCCCAAGGCCAGCAGUGGAUGAAUGCAGCUGAAACCAAUCAAAUGGAUGUAUUUCACGUGGGAAAACGCAGAGGAAAAUUUGUUCAUUGGGAACCAAUCUUCAUAGGAACCCAUCAAGAUCCGUACUAUGAUGAGCGUCUCAGCUGGGAGGGAAAGAAAGACAAAAUGACCCAGGGCUACGUGCUUUGUGUGAAAGACUACGAUUUUAUGAUAUUAAACAACGCUUUCCUGAUACACAAGCCCGGUAUCAAACAUUACGUGAAGAAUGCGAAAAGAGACGCCAUAGCGGGCCGGCAGUCCGCAUUCGUAAAAAACGUUAUAAUGCCCGAGUUAAAGAAGCUUUUCGGAACUAGAAACGGUUGCGCGCUGUGACGAAAAUAUUUGAAGACGAAAAGUACCUCUAGAAUUUGAAUGCACAACGCUAUGAUGUGUUGAUCCCCCAAAGCGUAAUGACUAAUCAUAAAAAACAAUUUAAUGCUAUAAUGAUUCUAAAACAUACAUGAAUGUGCACUCUAAAUUAAGCUCUAAAAAACUAAAUUGUUUCGCAGUGGAACGAUGUAAUUCAUUUCAGUCGCCAAUUUUUUGUUGCUAAUUGGAACCGCUUCGAAUACUUGACAUACUAACUUGGCAUCGGCAUAUUACCGUAACGACGAUGCUAAAUUCAAUUGAAUUAAAAUGAUUAUAUUAUAGAGUGUGAACGCUUUGGUGGAGCCACGUUAACUUUUUUUAGAUAAUCUGUGACUACAGGGUGCGAUUUUCCGCCUGCCUUUUAUACACUUUUAUACAAUGCGGUGAGGAGUUGAAACGAAACAUAUCAUAUUGUUAAUUCGAUGAUUUUAAAGUAGACAAUAUCCAGUGAACAAUCCGUGUCUUUACUCAUAUGAUUAGUUUUUGAAUUGACGUCUUACAUUGCCUAAUUUAUAAAUGCGCUGGUCUGAAAAUUCAGAUAGCCCAAAACCGAGUCCAGGGAAUUGCUAAGCUAUUCAUAUAAUAUAUUAAAGGCCUUAAGUCAUUUCUUUUUGUCUAAGUAGAAAAAAAAUUAUAUAUCGCUAUUGUAAAUAAGUACUCUUGCGCUACUAAAUUUUGUUUAAGUAAAGGAGCAACUUGACCGAGAUAUUUAAGUGCUUCUUUACUACAGAAUAAGUUAUUAAUCUUAAUAGUAAUUAAUGAUUAUAUUUCUUAAUAUUUUUAAGUUCUUGCUUUACAUAGCAUAAUGUGAUUCCAGUAUAUGUAACUCAGAAAAAUCUAAAUUAUUUUGUAGAUAUUUUAUAAUGCGAUGCACAAAGUCAAUCGUAAAUUUUCAUGAUAAAUUCCUGAUACGCAUUUUAUACGGUAUAUUAUUAUAUUAUGAAUAUUAAUAAUUAAUAGAUACGCUAUUGUAAUCGUAGAAUAUAAUACGAAUAAGUCACUAUUUUGCUUAGAAAAUAUAGUCAUAAGUGCGAGUCCGUUUUCCAUUAAAAUGCCUAUUUUAUGUAUAAAUAUUAAAUAUAGCAUCGACUUUGGUAUUCAUGUUCAAAAAUUAUAUUCUAUUAAAUAAGUUGUAUAUUUAAAAUGGGCCUUAUGGUACUGGUAUAAGUGUUUAAACUCACCACGUUCGACUUAGGAUUUAAGUUAGUUUAAGAUCUUUUUUCUUCUUUGCUAUCGGUUUCUUGAAAUCAUUUUGUAAUGCUCUUAUUGUGUAUUGGAACAUUAAUUUAGAACAAUACAUAUUAAGAUUGAACGUAUUAGUUACGAUUUAGCGUUAUGCCAAUUUCUUAUAAUAUAAUUAUUUAUGCUUACUUUAGUUUUACGCUCUGGGUUUUGGUAACGGUAUAUGCAUGUGGUGAGUUUUCACUUUAGGCGAAGUGCCUCUUUAGAUUAAGCAACAUAUAAAGUCUUGCAAUGUGAUCAUAAAAAUGUAUUUAUCAGUAAUGUAUAAUUUUAAUCAUGUGAUCAUAAUUUGGGACAUUUCAUUAAAAUUUAACAGGUACCUUGUAAUCUGAAAUAAAGAAAAUCAAAAGUUA